GAAAGUGGUCGGAGUGGUUGGGAAAGUGGAACGUAACGUGAUCGAAGAAACAGUGAUUGAAGCGUUACUUUAGUCGACUACUGAACUGGCAUACUUACCGAGAAACAGGAAACACGUACCUCGUUUUGUGUGGCGAGCGAUCCCUCGCCAUCUACCGUGCACUUCGAAUUCGCUACGCACUCGGUUUUCGGGCGUCUGACGCUGUUUGUUUUGAUCCGAUCAGCUGCCUUCCUACGGGUGAGCAUGAUAUGUUGACUUGCUCCCGCGGUUUUACACGAAACAUACGCAGCGACGCAGCCGUAUUGGCCGUAUCUUGUCGCGCUGGACUUUCAUCAUGUAAAAGGGCCCCACAUUUGUUGGCUCUGAGGAUGCCCAGUAGGUCCCGGUGAGAGAUGGGUGAACCGCAGGUGAUGGAAGCCUUUGAGAAAAUGAAGGAUUUGUCACACAUGGAGUUUUCGUCAGGAAUGGAGAGUUCAUCAGAGACAUUGCUGCAAGCUGAAGAGAGGGUUCAGUUUGAUGAAAUGGGAACUACAUGUUUUGCAAACUGGCAAGAGGUGGAGCUGUCCUUCCGGCACCUUAAUGGGCAUUCAGUUGCUCCUGGUGACAAGAUCAAGAUAUACAAGUAUGGGUGGGAGGAUGCCAAAGACUUUGUCAUUGAACUCGACUCUUCCACAUUUUACAUCUGCCCCCUUGCUCCAAGCUAUGCAGCUAAAUUUUAUGUUUCGGAGUUGGAUCCAGACUGCAUUUACCAGGCCUGCUACAUGGUCGGAGAUGAAAUUCUUGGAAGGAGUGGUUUGUUUCGAAUCCUGCCCAACGAUGAUGCUGAUGAGCUGAUUGUCCUAAAACCAGCAGAGCUUGCACAGCUCAUGAGUUUCAGGUCUUCCUACAGGGUUGCACAGGCCGACUGCAAGAUGCUUCAGCACAAGCUGCGUGUGGCACAGCGCAGCCUUGAGGAAGAGCAGAGCAAGACUUCUGGACUUUCACAAGAAAUAAAAUUUCUGAGCCAUGACCUGUUGCAACAAAAGGCACUCAAUAAGGAUCUGCAGAAGGAGGCUUCUUUCUACAAGGGCAUGUAUGAAGAGAAGGAGACAGAACUGACUCACAAGGUGUCUGAGAUGACUGCUACUCUCAGAGAAAUGGACAUCCUCAAGUGUGAUCAUCAAAGUCUCGAAGAGGACUGUGAACUGUUGAGUAAAGCUUAUGAAAACACAAAGGAACAGCUCUGUGCACAUGAGAGCACCAAGCUGCUGCUACACUCGGAGUUAGUGUCCCUUAAAGAGAGCAAGGGCAAGUGUUCAGAAAAGCUUUCCGAAGUGAUGGCUGAGAAUGGCUUACUUAGGGAAGAGGUUGAGAGACUUUGUCUGAAACCACUGGUUGCCGAUGCUACAGUUGGCACCAGCGAUGAGGAAGAAGCAUUUGACAAUGAGGUGAACAACAAUGUUGUGCUGAGCACUUGCGCUGCCACUGAGCUCGAGGACAAGGUAAAGGAGCUCAUUGCCAGGCUGAAUGCUGCGGCUGACGAGUACACCAAACUGUACAAGGAAAACAAGCGGCAGGAAAGACUCCUCACACUCUGCGGCUGUGUGGACAGAGGGAAGGACAAACCUGCCUGCUGUGUUGCAUCUUCCACCUCAGGCACUGUAACAUCCAGCAGAGGAUCACAAUUACUUGAGCCUGAAAUUCUUCACACGAGGAACGUUUUGGCUAGUGCCCCAGCUAUAUCCGAGCUGAAGGAUUCGUGCGUCCAGUGCUCCCCAGUGUUGCUAGACACAGCCUGUGGUCCGUCGGAAACAAGCCGCUCCAACCAGGGUUGCCAAGCCUGCCCACCGAGCCAGGACCAAGCCUUUGAGACUGGAUUCCAGGCAACGAGCGGUGGCGUUCGCAUGAAGAUGGCCUGCCGCGGCUUGUCUGGCAGCAGCGAUUCCUCUGUCUCGGUUUGCGGCAAGUCGCGCAAGAUGGGCCACAUGUCGACCUCGAUUCCCUCCAGCUGGAGGAAGAACAAGCCCCUGGCGAGGGACCGCAAGGCCAAGACAGUCUGGAACCUCCCAGUCGUUUCCUGUUCCAUCGCAAAACCCGAGGCAGUGUCGCAGGAGAAUUUUCAGACAGAGAUGCCCAAGGUUGCUUCAGGAAUUGCCACUCCUCCAGUGAGAGACGACGCCUUCGUAGUCAUUGAGAUGCCUGAACCGAGCCACACUUCUGUCACGCUUGAUGAUUCUGAGAACAUGAUGGCACCUCGUUGCUCGAUCUGCUCCAGUGUGCCAAUUGAUUUGGAGGAUCAUCUGCGAGCGAUGCAUAUGAAGCAGCUCUGUCCCAUCUGCAGCAAAAUGUUCGACACAACUCUGCCACCCAUGUACCUGCAGCUCCAUGUGGAUGACCACUUCAGACAGGCAUCUUGUGACUAACACAUUGGCUCGAGGAAAGGGCACGUCUCGUAGACAGGCCUUGCCAAGUGCUGAUGGUUGUUAUUGCCGUGGCAUUCCUCACAAUUGUGUUUGAGGAAUGACCCCUCGGCUGCACAUUCAUGUGCUGCACAUCUUCCGUAGUUGCCUGAAUUUUAAGGACGAAGUUCAAGUUAAUUUUAAUAUUAAAACUUAAGUGGUACAUCCUAACAGUAGCCACAUAACAGUGAAAUAAUUCCAAUAAGGGGAAAAUGUUUGUUACUGACAAUUACUGUGGGUUGAAGUCCCUCUUUUAGCAAGGGUAUUCAGUCUUGUGUGCAUUGGUUUGGGCUUGACGAAGAAAGUACUUUUUGGUGUUUAGACGGGUACUUUUGUAUACGCGCCAGUAGCAUUAAAUCGCGGUGACUGAAUUAGAUUGGAUGUGUAGAGGGCAUAACAUUUGGGGUGUUUUAUAUUUUCUUAAAUUGUAUUUCAGUUAUCAUAGGAGUUAUUUUGGGCUGUUUAACCUUGGUCAAUGCUUUUUGUGUUAAUUUGACAUUUAGUGGAACAUGCUUAAUGGUGCAAGAGCCUUUCUUUCUGAUAAGUGAGCAUAAAGUGACAUGGAGAUUUGAUCUCGAGUACGGACCAUAGCUUGUUGUGAAAAUAAGAACUGCACUGUGUAUUCGUCCUUGGAAAUGUGUUCUUUUGAGCACGCUGCUGCUCCUGUUAUUGCCAGCCGAGUACCAUUUGUAACUUUAGCAUCUCCAAGCUAGUGUGCAAGUUGGUCUGUAUUAACAUGCACUUGAAGCCAAAUAUUCCCAUAUAGAAUUAGUUUUCUUUUAACCUCAUAAUACGAGAAGCGUCACAACCAGUCUUGUUUGUGUUAAUACUAGUUGGUGUAGGGGUGUUGUUGAAGAUGUCUCAAGUAGGGAUGGUGUGAAUAUUUUCAAACCUAAGGUUCGAAGGUUGAACCAUUUGGUACAAAAGGUUUAAAACGUUGCAAGCUGGAUGUGUUUUCAAUAAUUCUCAGAGUUUUAGACUUAUUAUGUAGAGCAGGGGCUCCCAAUCCUUUUCGUCCUAGGGAACUCCAGCAAGCCUCGAAAAGUCCAACCCCCUCCCCCCCCUUGGCCCUCUCUUUGUUGCCAGCCGAUCAUACCGGGCAAUAAAGGCAUUUAGAUAGCGAACAAAAGUUUACUGCCCUGACAGAACUUGACAAAAUGGAGGACUACAGACAGAAUAAGAAGGCAGAGGGAUUCACCUGGGGCACAAUGUGAAAUAUAUAUACAUAUUAGUGUGAAGGGUGAGGUUGCUUUGCUCGCAACAUUAAUUCAAUUCAUGGCUCAGUCCGUGGAAGGUUAAACUAGAGGGAGAGGGCACUGCAAUUUGGGUGCUUGUGGAACCCCUGUGUUCCUCGGAAUCCAGUUUGAGAACCCCUGAUGUGAAGCAAUUUACAGUUUUUUUACUUCCAAGUUUAUUUCACUUCAGAUUAGACGAAUUUCGAACCUGCAAAGUUCGGCAGCUUUUUUAAACUCCGAACCAUAUCAAAGAUUAGAGAUUCAAAGGUAAAUCUAAUGUAAGUACUGGGUUUAGCCUCCAGAACAUGGUUCACUCAGAAACUAUGCCUUAGCCACUGUUAAAAAUGACCAAUAACCAUACAUACACAAUUCUGAAAAAAUGUGCGAUCAUCAAAAAUAGAAGUAAUCGAGUGAUCUAAAUCUGUCUAUUUUUGUAGAAGUCUGGUUGCAAGAGGCAAGCCAAGCUGCCAAGCCAUAUAGCGAGCAGGACCAGUGAAAACACAGUGAGGGUGCAGGCAAGCUUGUGUAAGUUUACCAUUAUGUUAAAGCAUCUGAGACUAAGUGUGAAAAAACCUUGAGACAACCGAAAGCAUAAGAGACAGGGAAAGGUGUCAGUCAGACAACGUCUCAAUAAGUUCAAGUUAAUUUUAAUAUUAAAAAGUAAUACCUACAUUCUAACUGUAACCACGUAACAGCAAGGUAGUUCCAAUAAGGGGAAAAUGUUUGUCAGGCAGACGUUGUCUCCCUGACUUCUUUGCCUGUCUCUCUACUUUUGGUUUUUUCAAGGUUUUUUCGCACCCAGUCUUGGGGUGUUUUAACAGAAUGGAUCAGCAGUGAGCUGGUGGCGGCGGUGGUGGCAGCACUGGUGGCAGCAUUAGCUUUGCCUUUGACUGAAGUCUAUGUUUUUCAUCUCAUUUCUGAGCUUUGCUGAUCAUAGCUCAUAUGUCAGCUGCAACAGAAACAAAAAUACUGUUCUAUGUAAAUUUGAAACAUUAUUUAAAAUAAUGGAACUCUGACAUCCAGAAGAUUCAAACACUUGACAAAACUUGCACCUUGGGGGGUUGUUUGCGACAUCUCUAGUUUUAAGUGACCAGAUAUUGUGAAGAACUGUAAUACUUUGUUUAGGUUCAUCGCUGUACAGGAUUGCAGUGAGGACUGAUUUGAUUUUGUGUGUGCUAUUACUUCUUAAGACAAGCUUCAACUGCAAAUAUAAUCCUAUAGUCAUGCUACCAAUAAAAAUGCACGGUCAUGGGAUCUGCACUGAUUGUUGCCUGAUGGUGCUUUUAGAAGUGAUUUGUAGGAUAGCUUUCUUCAAAUGUUAAUGAAAUAAGGAAGUUUUUGUUGUGGUAUGCAUUUCAUUGAUCCAGCCUUAAAGAGGUACUGCUGUGAUUUUUUAAGCCACCACAAUUAACUAUAUUUUCUGAAUGA